AUGACCUCCUUUCAUCUCCUGCUGGCAUUUCUGCUGGCUCUUGUGGCAGGUAGUAAGGCCACUAUGACCCCACCGGCCAACACCACGAGCCUCUCCACUGGAUCCACCUACAGUGCGCGCGUGCCUAUCACUUCAGACAUCAUGCCGACUAUGCCUCUUACCCCUAGCUCGAUUGAUACUGCCGGGCCUCCGAGCAAGACACCGCCAGGCCAACCGGUUUCAUGCAAUCGUUGGUACCGUGUCAAGCCGGGCGACUCUUGCCAAAUAAUCUCGGAGCGUUCUGGUGCCUCCCUUUCCCUAGAUCAGCUAUUGGCUUGGAAUCCUGAACUGAAAAAAGACUGCGAGCAUCCUCUGAUCGACUACUGGGUCUGCGUGGGAAUUCCAGGCGGCUCUGGUAUGACUCUGGUCUAUCCCACUGGCUCGUCGAACGUUUCCAUUCCUCCAUACGCGUCCUGGACUCCGACCCCAACUCGAAACAUUACCUUCGAGCCAGUUGUCCCUGCCCCGACGCAAGCUGGUUUAGUCUCGAGCUGUCAGUCCUUCUACAAGGCUGCUCCGAAUGAUACGUGCGAUAACAUUCUACUCAAACACGGUCUAUUGAAUAAGAAGCUUCUUCAUCAGUGGAACCCAGCUCUCAAGGAUGACUGUUCCGGUUUGAGGCCUGGGUAUUACUACUGCAUCGCUGCCUAUGACAACCUCCCACUUCCUUCCCAUGUUACCACUCCGCCCCAUCCAACGCCGCAGGGCACAGCGAAGAAUUGCACCGCCUGGUACCAGGCUGACAAGGAAGAUACUUGCAGCUUGAUUGUGACUAUGUUUGGUACAUUCUCGCGAGAGCAGUUCGUGUCUUGGAAUCCUAAUCUUGGAAGGGAGUGUCUUAAACUUACCCCUGGAUAUUAUUACUGUGUCGGUGAUGCAUCCACCCCCUCAACUCGCACUGCCAAACUUCCUGCACCAACCGAUUUCCCCACCACCUAUCCUCAUCAACCUCGAGUAACCCGUGAUUGUAACAAGUGGUGGCUAGUCGGGCCAACCGAUACAUGCCUUCUGAUCACUCUGGCCAACGAAAUCUCCGUCAAGGACUUCUAUACCUGGAAUCCCGAUGUUGUGGGCCCGAACAAAAUGUGCGAAUACCUGCCUGCAGGGUUUGAGAUGUGUGUGGGUGUCGCUGCCUCUGCCCCAAGCAGUAAACCUACCCCUUCUCCAUCUAGCACUCGGGUUGCCAGCAGCAGUGCUCCGCCAGCGAGUACCCCAUAUGUGUCUGGAUCUACGCACUGUUCUGGCUUGGUGACUUUCAUUGUCACUUCUAGUCAUACCUCUACCCCCGCUCCGACAAUGGCCACAACCACCUCGUGUCACGGAACUGGUUCUAUCACAUCUGUCCCAGUUCCAGGCUCGAGUUCUUCUACCGUUGCGACGGGCCACUGCAGUCACUCCAGCUGCGGCUCUAUUACUUCUGUUACGGUUCCAAGUGCGAAUCACACGACAACAGUGAGCGGCCACUUCAGUCACUCCAGCUGCGGCUCUAUGAUUUCCACUCCUAUCGCCGAUCACACCGUGAUCAUCACCACCCACUGUGGACAUGAACCAGGCUCCGGUUGCAGCACUGUCACAAUCACAAGCUACCGCACUGACAGCCCGAGUUCGAGAACUGACUUUAUGCCUAUAACUACCAUCCACCCCCUCAUCCCGAUUCCGGACCACACCACUACGGUCACCUACUGUCCUCACAAAUCAUCGGGCUCGAACUGUAUCCCAGUUCCUUCCACCAGUUAUAGCCCUCGUACCGUGAUCCACGCAGUUACCACUCGAUGCUGA